AUGGUGGUCCCCUCCUCUCCAUCAUGGUCCAUUACAGUCCCCUCCUCUCCAUCACUGUUCCUCCUGGGACCCCAUUCUCCAUCAUGGUCCCCCCUAGGCCACCAUCGUCCAUCACAGUCCCUCCUGUGACACCGAUCUCCUUUGUGGUCCCCUCUUCUCCAUCACGGUCCUUCCUGGGACCUCAUUGUCCAUCAUGGUCUCUUCUAGGACCCCGUUAUCCCAUCAUGGUUUGCUCUUGUCCAUCACCGUCCCUUCUUGUCCAUCAAGAUCCCUCCUGGGACCCCGUUGUCCAUCAUGGUCCCCUCUUGUCCAUCACCAUCCCUCCUGGGACCCUGUUCUCCAUCACGGUCCCCUCUUGUCCAUCACCAUCCCUUCUUGUCCAUCAUGGUCCCUCCUGGGACCGCUCUUGUCCAUCACGGUCCCUUCCUCUCCAUCACGGUCCCUCCUGGGACCCUGUUAUCCAUUGCCGUCCCUUGUUUUCCAUCACGGUCCCCUCCUCUCCAUCGCUGUCCCCUCUCGUCCAUCACCAUCCCUCCUGGGACCCCGUUCUCCAUCAUGGUCCCCUCUUGUCCAUCACCAUCCCUUCUUGUCCAGCACGGUCCCUCCUGGGACCCCUCUUGUCCAUCACGGUCCCUCCUGGGACCGCUCUUGUCCAUCACGGUCCCCUCUUGUCCAUCACCAUCCCUCCUGGGACCCCGUUCUCCAUCAUGGUCCCCUCUUGUCCAUCACCAUCCCUUCUUGUCCAGCACGGUCCCUUCCUCUCCAUCACGGUCCCUCCUGGGACCCCGUGCCCCACCGCCGCCCCCCAUUCUCCAUCACGGUCCCCUCCUCUCCACUGUGGUCCCUCCUGGGACCCCAGGCGCCACCGUGGGUCCCCCUUCCCCGUCAUGGUGCCCCCCCAGACACUGCCGUCCCCGUUGCGGUCGCAGGUACGACAACAUGGCUGAGCUCUUUGCGGUGGUGAAGACGCUGCAGGCGCUGGAGAAGGCCUACAUCAAGGACUGCGUCUCUCCUA